GAAGAAGAUGGUGGAAGAAGCGUAAACUGGAUAACUGGACGGAUUUACCAGAGCAAAAAAGGCAAGUUGAGACCAGCAAUACUGCAGUAACACUGCUACUGUCGUAUCUUGAAAGAUCAAAACUCAAGAUAUGCAGCAGUUCUUGGUUAGUAAAGAAGAGAUUCUCCCUGAGCAGCUGAAAUGGAAUCUGAGUCUCUACCAUUUGUCCUCCAAGCCCACAAAAAUUAAAGAGGAAGUGGAGGAGAACCUUUGGGCUAAUCAGGAGGGACAGCAGCUUCACUGGCUGGAGGAGGCUGAUAUCACAAAGUUCUUCUUUCCUGUGAAGAUUGAAAUUGCUGAAGAAGAAAUACAGACAUCACAGCUUCAUCAAAAUCAACCUGAUGAGAGCUUGGAGGCAGAGCCUGUAGGCAGCAUCUUAAGUGAAUCCCAAACAUGCAAAACAGAAGCUGAUGGAGAGGACUGUGAAAGAUCACAACCAGUUAGCAACUCAACUAUAUGUAGCUGUCUGCAACCAGAUAAUGAUUGCUGGAGUUCAGAUUUUUCUGAGACCGAGACGGAUGACAGUCAUGAGUGGGAGCAGACCGGAGACAUUCACUCAAGUUUAAACUGUCUGAAAAACUGUACAUUUGCACAUAUGAAUGAUUUGAAGCGACACAAGAUGACACCACCAAAUCAGAAAGCAUUUGGCUCCUCUGAGUAUGAUAAAAGGUGGAGACAAAUGGACGGUUCAAGCAAACAGAUGAAACCAUUUGUCUGUUGUGUGUGUGGUAAAAGAUGUGCAUGUAAGGACAGUCUAAAUGCACAGUUGAGAGUUUAUACAGGUGAGAAACAGUUUAACUGUUCUGAGUGUGGUAAAAUGUUUGAAAAGCCCGACAGCCUGAGCAGGCACAUGAGAAUUCAUUCCAGAGAGAAACCCCUUGACUGCUCUGAGUUUGGGAAAAGAUUGAGGCUAACAGCCUAUUUGGACACACAUAUGAAACUUCAUACAGGAGGAAAACUAGUUGGUAAAAGAUUUGGGAAAAGAGGCAGUCUGAACAAGCACAUGAGAAUUCAUUCACUAGACAGCCAAUUUGCCUACUCUGAAUUUAGUGAAAGGACUGGACAAACGGGCCAUCUGAAGUCACACAUGAGAACCCGUAAAGGAGAAAAAACAGAGAGAGAAAAACUAUUUGGUUGCUUUCAAAGUGGUCAGAAAUUUGGGCAAAAGCGCAGUCUGGACAGGCACAUGAGUAUUAAUUUAGUAGAUAAAUCGUUGGACUGCUCAGAGUUUGAGAAAAGGUCUGUUCAAAAAGGCCAUCUGGACACACGUGUGAGAAAUUACACAAGGAAGAACAGUUUUGACUGCUUUGCAUGUGGUAAAAAUUUCGGAGUCAAGGGUAAUCUCAUCAGACAUAUGAGAAUUCAUACAGGAGAAAAACCGUUUGAUUGUACGGAGUGUGGAAAACGAUUUGGACAAAACAGCCAUCUGAAGAAGCACAUGAUAAUUCAUGAAACUGUGAAGCUGUUUGGUUGCUCUCACUGUGGUAAAAGAUUUGGAGUUAAGGGGAAUCUGAUCAGACACAUGAGAAUUCAUACAGGAGAGAAACCAUUUGGCUGCACUGAAUGCGGAAAAAGAUUUGGACAAAAGGAUCAUCUGAACAAACAUAUGAGAAUUCAUUCAGGAAAGAAACAGUUUGGUUGCACUGAAUGCGGAAAAAGAUUUGGACAAAAGGAUCAUCUGAACAAACAUAUGAGAAUUCAUUCAGGAAAGAAACAGUUUGGUUGCACUGAAUGCGGAAAAAGAUUUGGACAAAAGGAUCAUCUGAACAAACAUAUGAGAAUUCAUUCAGGAAAGAAACCAUUUGCUUGCACUGAAUGUGGAAAAGGAUUUGGACAAAAGGAUGAGCUCCACAACCACAAAAAAAUUCAUAAAAGAAAGAAGCCAUUUAGCUGCUCUGAGUGUGGUAAAAGGUUUAAAGUAAAGAGCAGUGUGUACAGGCACAUAAAAAUUCAUACUGGUGAGGAAUCAUUUAGUUCAGACCUGUUUUGAGGCUGCCGAGCUACAAAUAAUUAUUACCUGAAACUGUCAACAGAGCAUGUAGUACCACUGGUGCCUCUGCUUGUACAGUGCUACCACAUUGACAUUAUGUAUGAGGCACCACAAUAUAUCCGCUGUUCUACUUUUUUUUUUUUUUUUUUGGUCCUACCGAGUGGGUUUGCAGACUAAUAGAAUUCGUUCUUACCACAUUUCUCAAUCAAUGGCUGAACAUCUGCUUCAGUAUCUAGUGUCGUGUCAGAGGAUAACCUGGUUUUACAUUGCUUGUGAGAGUACAAUAAGAGUUUGUGCACACAUUUUUUAUAACCUUAACAGCAUGACAUGUAUGGCCUCUGUUGCUAAAUGAAAACUGCAACCCUCAUACUGUGAGUAUAACAAAAUUUAUAUUCAGAGAGCAAAUGCACAGCAUGUAUUAAAUAUGUUGCCAUAUGGGUAAUAGGAUUUAUUUAUAGCGUUAUUGUCAUUUCCUCCUUUACUGAUAUCCUCUCACCACCUGUGAACAAUGCAUUUAAAGAUAAGCGGUCCAGUGUCAGCACCAUACUGUAUUUUUGAAUUUGCUAUUGCUAGCUGACUUACCAUGUGAUGUGCCAUUCAACAACAAAAACAGUCCUGAAACCAGAAUGCCAUCUUCAUUUUGACCUUGUGUGAUCUGUAGAUGUUUAGGUUCAAUUUUUUCAUCUGUCCACAUGAGCAGGAGCUGAUUGGGGUGUGUAUGUGACCUUUACCUUUCUAGAGAGUGGUGCCAUCAUUGAUCAGCUCCCUAACGAUUCCUACUGCAGUGUCUUGUGUGAAAUCCUUACUGGAAAAGUAAAUGCACAAAGAAGUGAGCUCUCCUACAGCACAUUGUGGAUCACAUCCAGACACAGUGCACUCCAACGUUCUUAUCUCAUUGUGUGUCUUGAUUGGGUGGCAGUGUGUCACAAGCUUUAAAAAAAAAGCACACAAUGAAGAUGGCAGCAGUUCACAACAAAAUUGAAGUGUUUUUUUUUUUGGUACUGUUCCACUUUGAGUAAGCAUUCUGGGCCAUAGCUGGUGAGGUCCUGUUGGCGAUGGUCUGGUAAACUUGCAGAGGUAUUCUAUGGUGUGGUCCAGCAGAUGGAGCACACCAUAGACCAAGUGUGGAAAAGAUGAAGUACAGACGAGUCCAUUUUUCUGUCAAGUGGUCAAACUGACAGCUGCUCAAUUUAACAGUAACUGUUAUAGUCUAUGAGCCAGUCAUCAAUUCUGACCUAAUCAAUACCAUGUAAGGUGACAAAACGACACUUAGAAUCCUAGACAAAAAUGUAUGAUAACCAUCACAGGGUGGUAGCUGAAUCCAGCUACGGGCUAAUGAAGAAUU